UUGGCAAGACAAGUGACUGGGUGUUUCACAAGAUGUUCCAUAUGCCCUCAAAAUUGGAUGAUCUAUUUAUAAAAAGAAGAACUUUUUUUUCAUCUAAUUAGACAAAAAAAAAAAAAAAAAAAAACCCAACCCACCUCCCUCUGAAGGCAGGAAACAUUAUUUCCUACUUGGUACUAUACUGUCUAUACAUAAUUCAUUUUCACAGUUCACUUGGCCAGAAGAACAGAAAUUCCCCUGACAGACUGAAAACUCUUCAGGACAAAGAAAGAUGGAGAAUGAGUCAACCUCACCUCUCUAUUACGAAUACCUUUUUGAAGAACCCUGUCAAAAAUUUGAUGUGAAGUACACAGCAUCACGGCUCCUCCCCCCACUCUAUGCCCUGGUGGUCAUUUCUGGCUUUGUGGGUAACGCCCUAGUUUUUCUGGUCUUGAUAAGAUGUAAAAAGCUGAAAAGCAUGACUGACAUCUAUCUGCUCAAUCUGGCCAUCUCUGAUUUACUUUUUAUCAUCACCCUCCCAUUUUGGGCUCACUAUGCUGCAGAUCAGUGGAUCUUUGGAGAUGUCCUGUGUAAGCUGCUGACAGGAUUCUAUCAUAUGGGGUUCUUUGGAGGAGUAUUCUUCAUCAUUCUCCUGACCAUCGAUCGGUACCUAGCCAUUGUCCACGCUGUGUUUGCCCUAAAAGCUAGGACAGUCACCUUUGGCAUUUUGACAAGUGUCAUCACCUGGAUGGUGACUGGAUUUGUCUCUCUCCCAGAAAUUAUCUUCAUCAAAUCUCAAAAAGAAGGCAACCAAUACACCUGCAGCCCUCAUUUCCCAUUAGAUUGGUAUGUUUUCUGGAAGAACUUCCAAACUCUAAAGAUGAAUCUUUUGGGACUAGUGUUACCCCUCGUUGUUAUGAUCAUUUGCUACUCAGGAAUCAUACGAACAUUGCUGAAGUGCCGAAAUGAGAAGAAGAAACAUAAAGCAGUGAGGUUAAUCUUUGUGAUUAUGAUCAUUUACUUUCUCUUCUGGGCCCCCUAUAACAUUGUGUGUCUCUUGAACACAUUCCAAUCUUUCUUUGGUCUGAACAAUUGUGAUAGCUCCAAGAGGCUGGACAGAGCCAUGCAAAUAACGGAAACACUUGCAAUGACUCACUGCUGUAUCAAUCCAGUGAUUUAUGCCUUUGUUGGGGAAAAGUUUAGGAGAUAUCUCUCUACUUUCUUCCACAAAUAUAUUGUCCGGCAUUUCUGCAAACAAUGUCCCAUUUUCCAUGGGGAGACACUUGAUAGAGUGAGUUCAACAUUUACUAGAUCUACUGGGGAACAGGACAUUUCAACUGGCCUUUGAAGUGGAUUUAUUACUGUGUUUGUUUUAAUUAAUAGUUUUUUCAUAAAGGUUUUAAAAAUAAAUCCUCAUUUUUUUAAAAAAAGUCUUCAGUGGAAAAAAAGUCUUCAUAGCUCUUUUUUGAAAGUUUACAGCUAUAGUGAUUGAAAUAAUUCAUUUACUUGUUACUUCUACAAUCUCUUAUUAAGCAGCCAUUGUGUGCUUUGUACUAGCCAUUUUCAAAUCAAGUUAUCAAAAAAAUUGAUUGCCUCUUCUGCCUUUAGUACCACAAAGGAUAUAAAGAAUUAUGAGGUAUAGUCUUUACUCCUAUUCUCAUGGGUUUUACUAUCUAGUUAUGAAAACAUAAACAGUCAAGAAAUAUAGAAAUAAAUGACUUCAGUAUAACUGUACAAGAAAAAAAAUAAAGAACAUAAUUGCCCCCCAAAAAGUUCUAGACUGAGGAUUCUGAACUUUAUUUUUUAUGUCAUUGAUCCUUUUGGCAAUCUCUAUUGAAGCUUGGAGAUCCCUUCUCAUAACUGUUUUCAAAUACAUAGAAUAAUAUGUAUAGGAUUAUUAAAAAACCAACUAUACUAAAAUAAUGUUAUGAAAAUAUUUAAAAAUAAACUCAUGGACCCCUGAAAUUUUCCCAUGGAUGCCUUGGGGACUGACAGACCCUAUAUUAGUACCCUAAUUCAGGCCUUGAACACUGGAGAAUACUAAGAUUCGAGAGCUAAUUGUAACAAUCAAGGAAGGGUUCAUGGAGAAGGAAUUCAAACUUUGCCAUUGGAUAGAUGAAAAGAGAAGUAUUUUAAAUAGGAAAAAGUAUAUGAACAAAAAGUGUAAAGGCAAGAUCUCACCUGUGUAUCCAUUGUGCCAGGUCCAUGCAUUUUGAUUCUCUCAUAUCUUUUCUUAGUCUUCUAAAACCACUGCUCACUGAACCAUUUUUAAAAUUUCCCAUCUCCACUAACCUCCCAGAACAACAAAAAGGAUGUUCAGUCCAUGCUCUGUGGUAGAAGCAGACCACAAAGAUUAUAGUAAUGAGCCUUAAAACAUUUCAGAGUGGAAUACUUCAAUAAAGACAGAAGAAAUAAAAGGUCAAAGAAAAGUCAAGAAAAUAAAAAGACAGGAAUGAGUUUCAGAGCAUGAGUCUAUCUGGAAAAGAUACUAGAAAUCAACCAAUCUAACCCUCUCACAUUACCCAAGAGGGAAAAACUGUGGGCCAAGGAGAUUAAAUAAGUUGUCCCAAAUCAUGUGACUAUUAAGAAACAGAACCAAGAUUCAGAGAUAUAUCGUUUGAUACUGAAUUUACAACUCAGUCUACUAUUGCAAGCUGUGAUGAAAAAGGAGCAAAGAAGAAAGAAUUAUCAGCAUAUCAUGUCAUCAAAUGAAACUUGUGGGGUUUUCUAUGCUGACUCAAAAUGAAACAUCAAUCUCAAUAAGUUGAGGAGAGUUGUGUUAGAACAACAUUUAUUUCUAUUGGAGACCUCCAAUAGAACUGAGGAUUCAGAGUUUAUAUUACUAUUUCUAAGAUCAGAAUGACAUGGGGGUGAUGCCAGGAAGAAAGGUUCAAAUCAAAAAGAGAAUAAGUACUGAGAACAAAGGACAGAGACUCAAAGGGUGAAAGUGAAAGAAAGAAAGGAAGGAAGGAAGGAAGAGAGGGAGAGAGAUG